AUGGCCAAUAGAAUCGUCCCAUCCGCCUUUCACAUCAUUCACCUCCUCGGGGUCAUCUUUGGCGCUCAUACCGUGACGAAGUUGAUGGUCAAUCACCCCCUUUUACCCGCAGCAUUUUACAACUACCUGUCCACUUGGGAGAACGUCAUCGCCGAGAUAGCUCUAGGUCGCUCGACUGGAGAACACGCCACCCUGAGUGCAGUGACCGCCGUCUACAAGACUUUCCAAUUUACAGCAGAUCUUCUCGGGGCGCCUUUGGACGCCUUGCGCAGCUGGGCGUCGCUCGUGCAUCGUCUGAGCGCGACCGAGCGCCAAGCUGAGGAAAACCCGAGAUGUUUCGGACCAGGUUGCCCAGAGACUGAGGCGCUGUUGGAACGGAAGCUCCAGGUCUGCGGAGGGUGCAACCACAUGAAAUACUGCUCGAAAGAAUGCCAAAGGCAGGCAUGGAAAGAUCAGAUAGUACCUCACAAACCGAUCUGCAAGCUGAUACAAGGACUGCGGGCUCGAGGUGUUCGCGAGCCAGUAUGGGCAGGGGAGAACAUCGUGCAGGCUGUUGCCUCUAUGGCUGAGCUGUAUCCAGUAUUCCAAGCUCUGGCAGAUCACAUCGAUCAGCUUGCUGCAUGACGAGCACACGAGCUCUACGUUGUUGGGGGUAAGGGUGGAAAUAU